AUGGUCAAAAGCUGUCACUCCACCAAUAAUGUCGGUUCAACAAAAAGAAAUUGGGGUUCUUUCGCUGCUCCUCCUCCUGAAAUUAUUGACACUUCAACGGAACAAGAAACAGGGGACACUCCUCCUACUUCUGAAACCGUUUCCUCUCCUCAUGCACCUGCAUCAACCGACCCUCAUCCACCAGUUCCUGUAACUAGUCAGAUUCAACCAACUGAUGAAUAUACCUCAGCGCCUCUCACCGAUGAACGAGCAGUUGUUCAUCAGGAAACAAACCAGUUGGUCACCUCAGGUCUUACUGAAGCUUCUGAAAAGGGCGACCAGGAAGAUGAACCGGACACAGAAACAAUAUUUGUUCCAACUAUGGGAGCAUGGUCGAAACCACUCCGAUUCACCCCACCUCCAACACCUCCAGAACCUGCUACUCCUAAACUUGGAUUCACAGAAGUUGUAAAAAGCCAAAUAGCUUGUUUCUGGCCUACAAUAAAUGAGUCUAUUGUCAAGGGUCACAAGCAUACGAAGGAAAAAUUGGUGUAUCCGGUCCAAACAACCUCCCAAUUACCUAUGGAAAAAUUGCCACCUCCUGUGCUCAAGGAAGACGGUUCCCUCUGGUUUCCAUGGGCAGCCCGAAUGAAUCAAUCAUCUAGAAAUCUUUUCCGAGCUGCUGAACCGACGUAUCGACUAGAUGGAACUCCUCAGGUGACAAUUCCUUCUAACGUCCUUAGACUAGGACCUGAGAAUAAGGAAGAAUACAUUGUAGGACAGUUCCAUAGAUGCACUAAACCGCCUGGAGGUCUUAUUCAUGCUGUCUUGAAUAGAUUGUGGGAAAGGGAAUGUAAGAUAUCUUGCCGGAAAUUGGGAGAGUCGUCUCCGGUAGACUCGCUUAAAAUCCCUGAGAUUUCAACUCUCCCAGUCUGGGUCACCCUUAAGAAUAUCCCAGAUUCUUGCUACUCAAGAUUGGGUAUCAGUCAUAUAGCAUCAGGUUUGGGAGAGCCAAUGCUUACUCAUAGGCCUCGUUUAGAUCCAACAAGUAUGGGGGAAGCAAAAAUUUUAGUGGAGAUUGAGUUAGAUAAACCAUUCCCAAAGCUAAUUGCGCUUGAUGACAAGCAAGGCAACAUCUACUUGGUGGAAGUGGAGUAUUCUUGGAUUCCUAGUGCUUGUGAAAAAUGUGGAGCUCUUGGGCAUAAGGAAAAGAGGUGUCUACUACCUGCUAAGACUCUUGGAACAGCUCAUGUCACAAAAGAUACUCAGAAACCUAAUGAAGAGAUCCCAAUGGUGGAUAUAGUUAAGCUGUUGCAACAAUCCCCUGCUACCCCGGCUACCAACUUCGAUCAAAACCCAAGCUCUACUUCCACACACCAAUCACCUGAGACUCCAAAAAGGUCUUCGCCUACUAGUAAUUCUGAGGACCCCACUGAUGGACCUUCCUCCAAUGUGCACGAGGUACAUUUUAUUCCUCGUUCUAAGUCUGAUACUACUUUACCAUCGUUAGCAGUCAUUGUCGUUGCGCCAUCUGCGUUACAAAUUAUGGAGGAAACUUCAUCUCCCGUACACAUUAGAGAAGCCUCUCACACUUAUGAAACGGAGCAACAUUUUGGGGAGUUUUAA